AUGAGAGACUCAAAUUAUAAUCGAUCCUAUGAUGAAGAUUCUAGCCCGAAUCAAAAUGAUGAGGUGAACAACAAUAAUAAUAAUAAUCAAACGUCUUUGUCGUCUUGGAUGCUUUGUUUAGAGGAAGAUCUAGACAAGGAGAUUUAUGUUGUAUUAAGAGAUGGAAGACAAUUUACUGGUAUUUUCAGAAGUUUUGAUCAGUAUGGUAGCCUGUGUCUUGAGAAAUCUUUUGAAGUAUUUAGUAGUCAAGACUGUUAUAAUGAGAUUUAUCAGGGAUGCAUGGUAUUUAGAGGAGAUAAUUUAAUGUUAUGUGGUCUAAUUGACCAGGAUGUUAAGUCAAAUAAUGCCAAGAAGAUCCCAUUGGCCGACAUUUUAAAAAUUAAGCAGGAAGAGAAAAAUCUAAAAGCUAUCAACUCCAACAAUUCACCCAAUGUGUUUGAAUGGAUUCCUGAUGAUAGCAUUUAA